UGGCUCUUUGUAUUCCUUAAAAGAGAACUAAAGCUUGUUAGUCUCAUUCAAGGGAAGGACAAAAACAGUUGAUUAUAAAUUCUUCUCUAAAGUUGUUGCCGAGAAAAAUGCAGAACAAUAUAAGAGUCCCACUCUUGAACAUUCCUCAUGGUCAUGAUGAAUUUGGCCAUAUGGGAACUCCUGUGGAGAAAGAAGUCACUAAAGGAGGAUGGAAAUCCUCUAUUUACAUUAUCGGGGUUGAAGUCGCGGAGAGAUUUGCAUAUUAUGGCACUUCAGGGAACCUCAUUACAUAUCUCACUAAUGUACUAGGCGAAUCUACAGCAACGGCCGCCAAGAAUGUAAAUAUUUGGUCGGGUGUUGCAAGUCUUCUGCCAUUAUUGGGAGCUUUCAUGGCUGAUUCCUAUUUGGGUCGUUUUAAUACAAUUCUCAUUUCUUCCAUCAUUUAUGUUAUGGGACUUGUUAUGUUGACGAUUUCGGCUUCAGUGGUUCCGUUAGAAUAUCAACAUGUAUUCUUCUUCUUGUCGCUUUACUUGGUGGCCGUAGGAGAGGGAGGGCACAAGCCGUGUCUACUAACGUUCGGCGCUGAUCAAUUUGAUGAAGAUGAACCAGAGGAGAAAAAAGCAAAGAGUUCAUUCUUCAACUGGUGGUACUUUGGGAUAUCUGGUGGAGCUGCAGCGGGAAUGUUGAUCGUUUUCUAUGUUCAAGAUUAUGUGGGAUGGGCAGUUGGAUUCGGUAUCCCAUCCCUUGCCAUGGCAUUUGCUUUGGUGUUGUUUUUGAUUGGUAGCAGAUCAUACAGGCAACUAGUUCCUAAGGGAAGCCCAGUAGUUGGAGUUGUUCAAGUGUUUGUUGCAGCUUAUAGAAAACGCCAUCUACCCAUUUCAGAGGACGGAUAUGAAAUAUGUAACCAAGUCACAAGGGAAAUUAAUACUACAUCCGAGGGUCGAGCCCUCAGUCACACUGAUCAAUUCAGAUGUCUGGACAAAGCAACCAUUAUAGACGAAAUCGAUAUAUUGAACAACACCAGAAAUGAGUGGAGAAUUUGCUCGACAACCCAAGUGGAGGAAGUUAAACUCCUAGUCCGUCUAAUCCCUAUCUGGUUUAGUAGCUUGAUGUACGCGGUAACAUUAGCACAAGGAGGCACAUUCUUCACCAAGCAAGGCAGUACAAUGGAAAGAAGAAUAAGUCACGGAUUUCAUAUACCGCCAGCUUCACUUCUAGUCACUCCUGGCUUAGUCAUCAUGUUCACUAUCCCUUUUUACGACAGAGUUUUUGUCCCAAUGGUGAGACAUUGGACAGGAAUCAGAUCCGGUAUAACAAUGCUUCAGAGAAUUGGAAUUGGAAUGUUUAUCUCAAUAAUCUAUAUGGUAAUAGCAGCUCUAACAGAGGCUAAAAGAGUUAAGAUUGCUGCAGAACAUGGACUACUUGAUCUGCCCAAAGUUACUGUUCCAAUGAGUAUUUGGUGGUUACUUCCGCAAUAUAUUGUACAAGGAAUUUCAGAUGUGUUUUUAAUUGUUGGGUUACAAGAACUAUUCUAUGAUCAAAUGCCAGAGGCAAUGAGGAGCAUCGGAUCUGCGGUUUAUCUCAGUGUUUUUGGUGUUGGAAACUUAAUGAGUAGUGUUGUUAUAUCUCUCGUGCAGGUUGUGAGUUCAAGAUGUGGGGAUGAAUGGUUGGGAAACAAUCUCAAUAGGGCUCAUCUUGAUUACUACUACUGGUUACUAGCUGGGUUAGAUACUUUAUGGUUUUGUUUGUUUUUAGUUGUUUCCAAGUAUUUCGUGUAUAAGAAAGUUAACGGUGCUCAUCUCGCAACAUAGUAGUUGUGGGUAGCAUUAAUCAAAAAUUUGAAAUCUAAUGGAAGUGGUGUU